UCGUUAAAUCAGUUAUGAGGUUUAGCUUCAUCCUCUUAUCCUUCUUUACUAAAUCAAAAUCACAACCACCCGACACCACUUCCCCUCUCCUCUCUUCCACCGUACUUCACCUUAAACUCGUUCCAACUCAGUAACCCAACUCGGUUAAUGGCAUUGCUAAGCCCCCAGUUGGAGACCUUCCUUCUAACCAAGCUCCACUGUGGCGCCUCCAACCUCAAAUCCUCCACCAAGAACAAUUUUCUUCCUGUGAGAGUUAAAAGCCAGUGCUCUGCGAUUGCGAUAGACGCGCCGUCUUCUUUAACUGAUGUUGCUGGUAUCCGUUGGGGGUCUGCAAGCUUGCAGGGCCCACGUGAAGAGAUGGAGGAUGCCAUCAUCGUUCGAUCAGAAGGCGUUGAUGGGUUCUCCUUUGCUGGGGUUUUUGAUGGCCAUGGUGGCAUCUCUUCUGUAAAUUUCCUCAGGGAUGAGUUAUACAAAGAGUUUGUGGCAGCUUUACAAGGUGGUUUAUUGAGUGGAAAAGAUUUCAGUGCAAUUACAAACGCUAUAAAGGAGGUUUUUGAAAAUGUUGAUAGAAAAUUGUUAAAUUGGCUGGAAACAAUUGGCGAGGAAGAUGAAUCUGGUGCAACAGCCACUGUUAUGUUCAUUGGAAACAAUGUUCUCAUCAUUUCACAUAUUGGUGACUCAUGUGCGGUCCUGUCUCGUUCUGGAAAAGCUGAAGUGUUGACUGAUUCCCAUCGACCUUAUGGAAGCAACAAGGCCUCUCUUCAAGAAAUCAGAAGGAUCAGAGAAGCAGGUGGAUGGAUUGUCAAUGGAAGAAUCUGUGGGGACAUAGCAGUAUCACGAGCUUUUGGGGAUAUAAGGUUCAAGACAAAGAAAAAUGAGAUGGUGCAGAAAGGAGUUGAAGAAGGGAGAUGGUCUGAAAAAUUUGGUUCUCGAGUGCAAUUCAAUGGGGACUUGGUUAUUGCAUCUCCAGAUGUUUUUCAAGUAGCUCUGGAUUCAGAUGCAGAAUUUGUACUUUUAGCAUCUGAUGGUUUAUGGGAUUACAUGAAAAGCUCAGAUGCAGUUGCUUUUGUUAGGAAUCAACUUCGGCAACAUGGAGAUGUUCAGAUAGCCUGUGAAGAACUUGCACGAGCAGCUCUGGAUCUACGUUCACAAGACAAUAUCAGCAUUGUUAUUGCUGAUUUAGGGCAGACAGAUUGGCAAACUUUGCCACUCCAAAAGCAGAAUUUAUUUUUUGAGUUGGGGCAAGCUUUUGCUACAGUAGGUUUAGUGUCUCUUGGAAUAUGGUUGUCAUCUCAGCUUUCUUUGUAAAUCUGAUAGCUGCUGGAAACAUACCUAAAUCAAUGUAGAUUUCCAUGUGCUUUUGUCCAAGUAACAUGUGUAUGUCAACAUUUUACAUGCUUGUAAUUAGGAGUAUUCAGAACUUAUCGAAUGAAUGGUAUACCUCUUGUUACUA